GUGGACGAAAAUGUGGGACGGAGAGACGAGAAAUCUCAAUCUUGUACCCAGAUCUCAUUCAGUCUCACACUGAAAACUGAGAUCUCCCUUUCCCUUGACCGUGAGGGAUAUGGGUACGAGAUAAGAGAAACCCUGGGAACGAGUUUGGAUGCAAUUGAGCAUGAUUUUUAUCAGGUAAUUCCAAGGAAACUUACCCAAGCCUCCUGGAGAGAUCAGACUCUUCAUAAACAGUUGUUUCUCCUAUAAGGUACGUGUAAAUUGGUUUAAAAACGUGUUUGAUACACAUUUGCUUUUCGAGUGCCAUCAAAAAACCAGGGCGUACCAACACGAUCAAAAUAUAUCGCAGAAAAUCAAUAUUUUGAGGGCCAAAGAUUCAUGUUGUCGCUUUGCCGGCAUAAAUAAGCGCACUCAAUGGAUUUCAAUGAUACAGAAAUAGGGAAAACUUCAUCAAGAGGAAAGUGCCCUAAAAAUAUGAUUUGCGCACGACUGGUUGUGUGUAAAAAAUCGAACGAGUGAGAUUCCUGAUACAAAAAAAAAAUGUGAUAAAGCCAUUCAAAAUAUGAAUAGCUGUAUUUUGAGAAAUAUGUAAACAUAGCUUACGAAAGCGAUCAAAUGGUUUGCAAUCUAUUUCGGUUUAUGUUACAUGCCUGUGGGUAACUAUCUUUCACUUUGCUUUAUAAAGAGAUCAUUUUCUGGAAUAGAGUCAUGCUGCAUCAAGUGCGAUUGGUCUCAGAAGGUUCGCGGUUAAAUCAAAAUAUAUAUGACGAUUUCUACUUUCCUGUAGUACGUGAGUACAAUUUAGCGUUGGUGUCUGUCAAAAUCCUCUUACUACGGAAUUCGCUUUGGGAAAAUAUUUCGCAGCCAAACGGUUCUAAGUCCUUUGUAGAUUUUAUAGUCACAUCUUAAUUCAGUUGCUCCAAACAAACCUAAAAGUGGUUAGAAACGUGUGGUUUUCAGUUCUGUUUUCAUUCCCUUGCCAUAUCUUAUUUUUAGAAUACUGAAACCGGACAAGCCUCGAGUAUUAUGGCGGUAGGUGGAAUAUAAAAUGUUCUCUGAGCCAUCUAUCCUUAAGUCUAUUAAAACAAUUCAGUUGUUUGCACUUUUUUCAAUAAUUUCUUUCUCUUUAAACCCAAAACAUAUCAAGCUUUGUUUGCUUCCUGCGACCGGCGUGAGGCUUCUAAAGCUUCAAAACCGCUUACGAUAUCAUUUUUAACAGUACAAUGUAAAGCAUAACUUGAUUAGCACAAACACGUAUUUGACGGCGCAUUUUGACGUUGUCUUGUAAGGAUGCAAAACUGAGCAGUUUUUCAUCUGAUUUCCAAACACUCAUUAAGCAUUAAUUUUCUUUGUAUUUUCUUUAUGAAUUACUAACGAGUCUGAGAAAGAUAUUUAACUAACUCUUUCAUUUCAGUUUUUAUUAUGCAGGACCAAAUAUCAUUUUUUAUUUAUUUUUGUACAUUUAAGUUGGUUGAAGACUUGCUACGAGGAUUCUCUAAGGAAAAUUUUGGUGAUCGAGAUGGAAACUAUUUUCCUGUUGUCCAUGGCCGUACCCAAGAUGUGAAGUUGUUUACCCUGAUGACAAAGCAACCUCGGUCUGUCUUGGAACGUCCAUUUAAACACCAUAAGUACAUAAUUGUUGCAGGAAUGGAAAAGUAUGUAGUUGAGAACCGGAAAGAAGAAUUUGAAGCCUUGAAGAACAAAUUUGUUAAGAAAGAAGAUCCUGGAAUAACACUAGAUGAGGAGGAUGGUACAGGAGCUGCAAGGUAAAUUACAUCGCAUGAUUUGUAGUGAUAUGUACAGGUAAUAGCAUGAUUUGUAGUGAUAUUUGGCGUAACUACCAUGAGCGAUAUUUUGAAAUUGUUAUACGUAAUUUCACGAGCCGUUAGGCGAGUGAUAUUUGAGACAAUUUUGAAAUAUUACGUGUGGUAUUUAUGCCAAAUAUCAUGUACAAAUUAUGCUAUUAUUUGUUUAUACUACUGCGUGCAAAAGGUUUGUAAUUUUCACAUGAAGGUUUUUCAAAUUAAAAAAAAAAUUGCUCUAAGCCAAUCAAAUUGCAGAAAUAUUUCAUGUAGUAGUAUAAUUGGCCUAAAUACCACGAGUGAUAUUUCAAAAUUGUUAUACAUGAAAUUUGAGACAAUUUUGAAAUAUCACCUACAAAUCAUGCUAUUAUUUGUUUACUACCCACAAAAGGCUUUGUAAUUUUCAUGAUCACAUUUAGGUAUUUCGAAUUAGGCUGAAAUACUACUGCUCUAAGCCAAUCAAAUUGAAGAAAUUUCUCACGUAGUAGUAUGAAUAAAAGUAGUAGCACUAUCUUCCAGUUACAGUUUUAUAUCAAUCAUUUAUAACAAGAAAGGAAAAUGGGACAGAGAGAGAAUCCUAGGGUGUUGGGCGGGAUAUGUGAAUUUUACCAAAGUUAUUUUUAGAGGUUGUAAUUAAACGGAAGUUGAAUUCCUGGGACUUCCGCACAUUUUAAUCGAUUGCUUGAGACGUCCUUCAGUGCCUCAAAGAAAACAAUGCCUAAUAUUUUAAUGGCGACUUUUGAAUUCUCUCUUGAUAACACUGAAUACACGUUUGAGGUUCUCGCCGGUAAACCAACUUCCGAUUGGUUUCAAGCGUUUGUUUGUUCUUUCUUUGUGUGAAACUUACAAAUCCGAAGGGCUACACUGGGCCUUUUUCCCUGUAUGUCCCAUUAUUUUUUUAUUUUUUUUAAUAUAACGAUUUUUUAUCAGGUCAACGCCCUCAAUGGCUUUCAAAAUUUCAAAUUGUUAUUAAGUAAGAAGCCGACUAGUAAAGACUAGAGUUUUUAACUCGGUGACAUCUAAAAACAAUGUAACUGCGCUAGUUACUACAGCUAGUAGAUUCGGGAAGGUUUAUUUUUAUUAUUUAUUGCUAUUUUUUUUACUUUAAAUUAUUCUUAAUUCUUUAUAAUCAUCAUAAGAAAGAGUUACCUCCAUGUAAACGUGUACUUAGGAAGUUUCAGAAUUGGCGUCUAAAUGCGAUUAUUUUGUGUUUCUAAUUCAGAAUGGUAGAAGUGGGAGCCCAGGUUGCUGACUGCGUCAAUACAGGGAUUAGAAUGAAAAAAGAUCUGGGAUUCUUACAUCUAGGGAAAAUUGAUCAGGAGUACAUACAGGACCCGGACUUACGUGAAAUAUUGGAAAAAACAGUCCUGGAUAGUAAUAAAACAGAAGUGUUUGAAGGCCAACAACUGCGUUUGAUAACCUCAGUGAUUUACAGCCAAUGCUUUGCAGUUACAGGCAAUAGAAAGAAAGAGGUAUUUUAACUUCUGAUAACUACAGUAGUUUUAUUUAUUAAUUAAGUAAUGAUAUAGAAGGCCAUAAAAAGGAAGCUUACAUCCGUCCGAUUGGUUUCAUUAGGGAACUUGAGCAAAGUCAAAAAAUUCAAGCAAUGGGUAGUUUUAGGUUUUUAACAAGCGAAACAUUACUCUGCGCGGACUGCACGUGCAUGAUGACGCACGCUUUUCGGUCGGAUUUCUUUGCCGUUGCUGAUCGACGAAAGCUUAUGUUACUCGAGACGAUUCGCAACCACGAUUUUUAGCGCAACACAGCGUUGCGACAUAGUUUCGAAUAGUUACAAUAUUGCUUCAACAUUGCAACGCUGUGUUGCGCUAAAAAUUGUCUUUGCGAAUCAUUCCGUGUGAUUACGUUUAACCCAGGAUUAAGACAAAUUGUAAGCAAGGUGUUGUUGUUUAAGAACAUGAAACUCGAGCUUACAAAAUACUGUUGUGCCUUUACUUCGAAAGAAAGAAAUGAUAGCACAAAAUGUUAAAAUAGGCAAUGUAUAGGAAAGUAAAUACAAAAAGUGGAACAAAAUUUUAAUUCUGGAUUAGCGCUAAUCGGCCUUUCAGGAACCGGGCCCUGAUGGGAAGUUUUUUUUGAGGCCGUAAACAAGAGACGAAAAAUGUUUCUUUCUCUCUAAACUUUGAUUGAAAUCAUUUAAUAUAGUGGCGAUUUCUCUGCCGACGCAUCGUUACUGCACGACACACAUUCGCACAGAAGUGAAUAAUUCUUCAUGAGACCAAACUAUAGCUCUUUACACAGAAAUCUCACUUUGGUUUCGAAGUUAAAAUGAUGUCUACAGAAAAUAUACAGGAAUUUACAUCAUUUGGUGCUUGGAACCUUUAAUUCUUUUUGCGCACUUUUGAUGCCGGCCUACAAAGUGCCCAAAGUGGUCAGACCAGGCAAGGAACCACUGGCCGAACCAGGGGCCUUCAAACGGAGCGGUCAUUUUCUAUGACGCAGCAUUUUCGGCAAAGUUCAGAAGCUGUCGGUUUGUCAGAAGUUAGUAAAAUGUAAAGGCAACUUACAGGACAAAUUUCAGCUCACUACUCCUCUUCGAAGAUAAGAAAUACUCAUUUACGUCCUUUUCGUCCGAACCAAGGACAACAUGUUGUAUUCCUUUAUGAUUCAAAGUAACAAAUAAAAGAAUAAAAAGGAUAUUGCUAAGCAUCUAUAGCAACCAAAUGAAUCGUAAGAUCUACUUUAAAGCAAUGUAAAGGAUAUUGAUAAAAUAAUUGUUCAGUUAAUCGUAGCUAAUCUUGUUAUCUUCGAAGGUGGAAGUGGACGGAGGAUUCAACCUUUCGACCUUAUUUGCUCACUUGAAGGGAACCAUCAGGAUGACAGAUAUUCCUCCAACUAUAGCACCAAGAAAGAAUACUCGAGGACCAUUCCUGUUCCAGUGUUGCCGUGUUGUCUUUAACAAAGAGACAAACCGAUUGGAACUCCCCAAGGGAGAGGUUGUUGGUAAAACUGUGAGAUGUAAAGAAGAAGAGAAGGAGGCCGAGUACGAAAACACCGCAGUCAGCUUGGUGGAGGACGAGGAGAGUAAUUUGACUGGUUAGAUCAAAAUAUAAUUCUGGGUCUCUAACGUUCUUUCACAUUGGCAAAAAAACUGUAGUGAUUGCAAUUAUCAUUGGGUGCUUCCAGUGCCUUGCUGGAGGUGAAAAUGGCGAUAUCAGUUUUUCCGGAAGAGAAUUUUAAUCGCUGUAUUAAGCUGAUGUUUAGUCGUUCUUUACAUGAUAUUGAAUAACAAUGUUAAUAUUAAUAAAGGCGAUAAACUAGCAUAUAUUUGUGAUUAGCCAAGCCUAAAAGCGGAGCUUCCUUUACAUACUUACAAGUACAAGUAGGUCAGAAGAUAAAAGAAUACACUGUAGUUAUGAGGCCAGUUUCUACAAAUAUAAUUUGUGUCCCACUAGUGCCUUUCGAAAGAUUCAGUGUUAUUUUGCCCACAACGGAAAGUCAAUCUUUAAUAAAUCUAUACUCAAUAUUUUCUAUAUCCUAGAUUUUUUGACAACUGACGAUAUUGCGAAACUGGAGGAGAUAAAGGAUUCAGUGUUGAAACCUACCAAGAACAGAGAGAAGCGUAAAGAACGGGUCAAAAAGUACCUGAAGUGGGUAAGAACAAUUACAGCAAAUAAUCAGUCACGUUCAAAUCAAUUUUCUUAAACCUCCAACCAAAUGAUUUUUUGGCGAAUUUUUUCAAAAUGUUCUUAAGCACGAGUUUCGCCAAUUCUGCUUUCUAUAAAAAAUACCUGGAAAAAAAGUUUCGUGAAAACUUUGUUGACAAUCGGUUGCUAUGGGUAAGAGAUGACUUACUUGAUCUGAAAUAAAAAUAUUUUUAAGCAAAAAAAGCGGUUUUAUAAAUAAGUCAUUCAUGCGAAGAAAAGACAAACUUAAGAACGUCUAAUUGCUAAAUAUUUUAGACUAAGAGACGAAACGCACUUCUUUCGAACACUUCACUAUUCUACCCCUCUCUAGAUUUUUCUCCGUGCUAAGGCUUCUUUGCGCCGUUCCCCCUAACAAACGUUCAAUAGGCAUUUAUGGCGAAAUUAUAGUCAACUAUUCCAGCCUCCAAUUUCAGUUCAGGUCUCAGCAGGCAGGUUCGUCAAAACGAUUUAAACUAUUUUGAGCAGGGUGCUUAAGUCUGCAAUAGACUGGUAUUCAGUCAAAGUGAGACUAAGUGGAUGCUAUCUAGAACUAGACAAAAACUGAAACACUGACUGAAACUUUCGUCAGACAUUGCAAAUGCAACUUCUUGGGAAUACAUUGAGGGAGUACCGAGCUUUUGCUGCCUAGGAGAUCGUUAGAUCAGUAUACGAUAUAAGUAGACUAACAACUAGCGUUUUCACUCAUUACUUUUCAGUUUGUUGACGCGCUGUCGCUGCCAAAAAAGCAAGCAGUGGAAAAGAGAGUGUUGUCACUUGACAAGCCCGUCACUGAUGUGGACUGUGAAUUUCUACGAACCAUUUUUGUUCCUGCCAAUAAGAAUAGUUCAACGCUGACUUUCCCGCAAUUCUUCAACGACGAAAAACUUCAGGGAUAUGCAAUUGUUUUGAAGAUUCUCUCUGGUAAGACAUGAAACGUGACACAUAUCAACAGGAGAAACGGGCCACAGGAAAAACUCUCCUGAACUUAUGUCAUUAAAAAAGUAGAAGAUAUUUUUUUCAAACUGCAUCUGAAGAUCGCUUAUCGUUUCCACUGUUGUGAUCAAGGAUAAGUGAAGAAGGAAGAUUUAAGGGAAAAAACUUCGUUAUUAUUUGUUUCACUAAUUAACAUAACUGAUCCUGAUUAUAAAUACAAUGGGAGAUCAGCUUAUCGCAAUUCUCACAAAAAAAGGCUAUGAAAGGCCAUCUUAUAAAGAAUUAAGAAACAAUAUUACGAUCACAUCCAGUUAGCCGCAAUCUGAAGUAAUGGUAUAAUGGUCGACGAAAGAGUUUUAUAAGUGAAUUUAUUUUGAUGGUAACUGAGGUAGGAUUUUUAUCUAAGAUUUUAAGGUCCAGGAAUAAUAAAUAAUCAUUUCUUUAAAAUAAAUUGAUUUUGGAUCACAGAUCAAGUUCAAGAGAUGGUUACAAUCUUCGCUGGGUGAGGGGGAUUUGAGUUUUGUUUAAUACUGGACUGUAGCAAUAAUUUGAAGUUACUGAAUUGCAGGUUAAGUUUUCUUUCUCGAUGCACUCAACAGAUUUGUCGGAGGAAACCUGGGAUGAAAUUGAGAAAGCCUGGGCAGAGCAGGAAGAGCCUUCGGAGUAA